CUAAAGCUCCUUCGUUUCUUUCUCCCUUUCUCCCUCCGUUUCUUUCAUUCACAGAAACUCAGCCAAAAAACCCUAGCACUGUAAGCCAACACCACCGCCGCCGCAAGUAGUGGCAUACUGCCGCCGUCCAUCCGUCUAUCUAGCUUCCCUCGUGCUCCAAGUCUUCAAGCCCCGUUCGCUGUCACCGAUCGCAGCUGCUUCCUCAAGCUCGGCGUCCGUCGUCUUUGUCUGCUCAGCCGCGCUUCUGCCGCCGUUGGUUGCCGUUAACGUUCGCGUCUUCGUUCAGCCGUCGUCUUCGUUCGCGUUCUUCGCCGUUCAAGUUUGCUCGGCGUUCACCAUUCGCGUUCACUCGCCGUUCACGUUCGUCUGGAAGCCACGUUGCCCUGCUUCAAACUCUGCGACCAACCCGUGCGCUCCACCUAGCCGUCGAACUGCUCUCUUUUGUCGCCGCCGGAGCAGCUCAAAGUUAGGAGUGGAGUAGCUUGCAGCAUUGAAAACCAUCAGCACAAUGAACUGGUGAUAGAGGCAGUCAUAAUAAUAAGUAACAUGCCAGUAGACAUGUUCUGUAAUUUUAUAUUAUAGCAAUACACAUAUUCUAUCAUAUUCUAUAAUUUUUAUUGUGUUGAUGAUUUAUUGAUUGUUUUUUAUUGUGUUGAUGAGAGUUGUUCUAUAAUUUAUUUAUUAUUUUAUUUUAAAACGGUUUUUCGGUUGGAUUACGAUUGGACUGGUUGAACCAGUAAAUCAGUGAGUAAAACGGUUCGAUGACCGGUCCGGUUCUCAGAACCUUGGUUUGUAGCUUUGUGCUAAGCCUCAAGCUGUCAAGCACAAUAAAAGACCAAAUGCAUAUGAGGUACCUUUUUGGUGUGACUCUCCAAUCUGACAUAUAAUGAUAACUAAGCUAGCCUUUCACAUGGGCCUGUAUUGAUUGGACAAACCAAAAGCCCAAAGUAGUGACAGAAAAAAAUUAAAGGCCCAAUCCAAGUCCAAAAAAAUGUUCCGUGGCUUAAACCCUUUAAAGUUUAAACCCUUCCGAAUGGCUUAUUUCGUGUAGAGGAGGAAGAAGAAGAAGAGUGCAGGUUCAAUAGCACGACAAGUUCGGAUUUUUGGGAUAUAAUUCAGAGACUUGUUUUACUCUUCACUGCAUAGCUAGGUGUUGAAAUUUUUCCAUUUCAGCUCAGUGAAUAGGAUGGAUCACUUUGCGGGAGCUGAAGAGCAUCUUGCUCAACAAAGACUGAGGCAGAAGCUUGAUGAAGUCAAUGUAGCUGCUCAAAAUAACCUUGCCCCUAUCCAAGACCAUGUCAAUUUCACUCUCCAGAAAGCAUAUUUCAAAUGUGCGUAUGAGUGCUUUGAUAGGAGCAGAAGGCAGGAAGAGAUAACUACUUGUGUCGAAAAUUGCAGUAUUCCUCUUGCUAAUGUUCAACAGACUUUUGAUGCUGAGAUGCAAAAGUUUCAGGAGAAAUUGAAUAGAUCUCUGAUGGUAUGUCAAGAUAGGUAUGAGUCUGCAAAGCUCCAGCAGAAAGGUGGGGCCAUGAAUGAUAUGAUUUCCUGUGCUGAUGAGGCGAUCCAAGACAGUACCAAGAUGCUACCACUUCUUGCUAAUAAGUUGAAAUCCUCCUUUGGCAUUAAGGACAAUGACUCCUCCUAGCUCCAUUUUUGUAUCCAAAGAUUUAGUUAUUAUUGUAGAUGGUGCAAAUUUGCAAGACAUUAUUUUGUAACUCUAUCUAGAGUACACAAGAUUUUACUUGAUUUCUGUACUUAGAAUGCUGGGGAAGCUUGAUUUAUCAAUGACCAAUAAUUAUGUGCAUUUCGUUAGGUUUUAUUUCGCUACCUUCAAAUGUAACAUUGUAUACGAUGUGAUCAUUUUAAAUAUUAAUCGCAAACAACGUCACCCGUGCAA